CGCGCUUUAUCCCCAUUUCCCCACCCUGCAACGGUCACCAUUUCCGCCUUCUAUUUAUCUCCUCAGUCCUUCAUCUCUCUACCUCCAACCCCUUCUCUCUCUCUCUUAAACCAUUUCUCUCUCCAUUGGCUAUGGCGUCUCUCCUCUGUCUCUGCAUUCUCUUCUUCCCCUGUUUUCUCUCUGUUUCUCAUGCUUAUACGUUCUACGCCGGUGGAAAGGAUGGGUGGGUUCUCAACCCCUCUGAGAGCUACGAUAAUUGGUCUCAUCGAAACAGGUUUCAGGUCAAUGAUGUUAUUGUGUUUAAGUAUGCGAAAGGGUUGGAUUCUGUGUUGGUGGUGAGUAAAGAGGGUUAUGAAAAGUGUGAUUUGAAGAAUCCGAUUAUGAAAUUGGAGGAUGGGAAUUCGGAGUUCAAGUUUGAUCGCUCUGGGCCUUUUUAUUUUGUUAGUGGCAAACAGGGGAGCUGUGAGAAGGGCCAGAAAUUGAUGGUGGUUGUGUUGGCUCAGCGCCCUCCUCCGCCGUAUACGGUGGGAGCCCCACCACCUUCUGGAGCGGCGCCGUCCUACUCGCCUCCGGUUUUGCCUUCUCCUCCUCAAGCUAAGCCGCCAGGAGUUUCUCCCUCACCGCCGUCUGGUUCUCCUGGAGCCAAAUCGCCUUCUGGUUCUCCACCAUCGGCGACACCCAUUUCGCCGUCUCCACCGUCGGGAACACCCACUUCGCCUUCUCCAUCUGGGUCUCAUUCUCCGGCGCCAUCAGGUUCUCAUUCUCCCGGUGGGGCAAAAUCUCCUUCUGGUUCUCCACCGUCGGGGACACCUAGCUCGCCGUCUCCGUCGUCUGGGACGCCUAUUUUGCCAUCUCCGCCUUCGGGAACACCCAGCUCGCCGUCUCCUUCUGGGUCUCAUGCUCCGGUACCAUCAGGUUCUCAUUCUCCUGGUUCGCCGUAUCCUGGAGCGAAAUCUCCUUCUGGUUCUCCGCCGUCGGGGACACCUAGCUCGCCGUCUCCGUCGUCAGGGACACCUAUUUUGCCAUCUCCACCUUCGGGAACACCCAGUUCGCCGUCUCCGUCUGGGUCUGAAACUCCGGUGACCACGCCAGUGCCGGCCGGUUCCCCCACUUCUCCGUUGCCGGGAACGCCCACUUCGCCUUCUCCAUCCGGGUCUGGAACUCCAGUGACCACACCAACCCCGGCCGGAUCUCCUUCAUCAAGUCCGGGAACACCCACUUCGCCGUCUCCAUCUGGGUCCGCCGGUUCUCCCACUUCACCUUACCCUGGAGCAAGCUCUCCGUCAGGGUCACACAUUUCGCCGUCUCCUUCCGGUUCCGAAACACCGAUAACAUCACCAGUCCCGGCCGGUUCUCCCACUUCCACAAUACCCGGAGCAACCUCUCCGUCAGGAUCACCGCUCCCCGGCUCAUCUCCAGCAGGAUCACCAUCAUCAGAAUCCAAUUCCCCCUCCACUUCGCCAUCUCCAGCCGACGCCAUCACGCCCACAACAGCUCCGGUACCGGCAUUUUCACCAAGUUCAUCCUCUCCGAUUAUAUCCCCAGCAUUAUCGCCGUCGACCGAAGGGCCAAUUGGUCUACUCCCACCUGAGUCCAGCGAUGCACCCAUAAAUUCCCCGCCGUCUCCACCAUUAUCUCCGUCGUCUUCCUCAGGAGAAGCACCAUCACCAAGAGGCUCUGCAAACGACACAACACCGUCAACACCACGAUCGUCCGCCAUAGCUUCAACUCCAUCGGUAAUUUUGUUGGGUUCCAUUACAAUUGUGUUAAGCAUGAUCAUCAAUGGAGGAUCUCUUAUGAAUUUCACUUGAGAAGAAGAACGAACAUAAAUCUCAUUUUUAAUAAUUAGAGUUUUGUGAAUAAAAUUGAGAGAAAUUUCUCCAAUAAUAUUGUUCUUCUAUUUUCCCCCUUUCA